AUGGCGGACGAUACGCGGCAGCCUGACACACCUCCCGCAGAUGAGCAACCUCAGUCAGAGGGCCGUCCCUUGAGGCGACCGAAAUCCAAGCACGACUUCCCAAAAACCCAGGCCGGGAAGAUGUGGGAGAUGCUGGGUAAUCCUGCGGAAUCUGCAAACACCCUGGCAGGAGGAACCUACAAUUCCGCAGGCGGCAAACCUCCCGAGGUGACCUGGAGAGAUGCCUUCAAUUUCUCGUAUGAAGGGAAAGGCCCUUCUUGGUAUCAGGUACCAUGCGCACGAGAUGCGUUGCUUGUCGGGAUAGCUUCCGGAGGCGCAGUAGGAGGUUUAAGAUUUAUACUCAGAGGACUGUCCUCCAUGUUGAUCACUACCAACCUGGCAGUCGCUGGAUUUGCUCUAUCAGCCUCCGGAAUGUACUACUGGUGUGAUCAAAGACGGCGAGAGGAGGCAAGAGGCAUGGCAAUGGCUGUCCAAGGCAUGAGAAUGCUGCAUGAGAAGAAGGCCCGCGAGAAGGCUGCCGAGGAUGCUGCACGGGUAGCGGCGGCAGAAAUCAAAGAGCAGGAACGGAAACGGAGAGGGCAAUGGUACAAAUUCUGGUAA